CAUAACAAAUAAAAACAUCGCACAAGUUCGAGUUCUGUCGAUACGGGAUUAAGCCGAAUGAAUCAAGGAAAAGUGAUUGUAGAUCAAGAUUAAAGUUGUAGUAUCACAUUUUUCUUUGAAAUCGUGCCGGGAACUGUUCUUGAUAUACAAGUGACAAGGUUUUUAUUCGAAUAAGUUGUUUUAUAGCUGUUUCGAAGCGAGGAAAUGCUGAACGUUUCUUCGAGUUAUAUUGUAAAGUUGAUUAGAGUGUAAGUUCUGCCGAACCAAAAACAAAAACAAACGCGAACUAUUCCAAUAAUUCACCAGGCUCACAUGCUCAAAUCAUCGUUUAACUAAAUCAAGAAUCAAGAAGAUAAAUCUACAAUUGCACGCUAGUAUUAGUAAGCUAUCCACGCACAACUACACACACAAAUAAUCACAUUACAUAAGCGAAUGGCUUGGCUCGGUAUUGGUGCUUUGGCUUCCGGUUUAGCACUGCAACGGUUUCUGGGCGGUGAUGCGCCUCCGAACAAGGUUCUAGAAGUCAAAAAUGAUGGCUACAUCAAUCUGCACGUACUUCAUCGAGACGACGCCAUGCGCUUGUACGCCCCUAGCAAUGGAACCAAUGACAAAAAACUAGUCUACGAGAUCGUACUGGAGCGGCCACACUCGGAAACGAUUAACACGUCGUAUAGUUUAUACCGGGCCAGUACACAAUCUGAAGCAGAAGACAAAUUUGAAGCCUUCCAUCAACGACUGCCGGAGUUAGUGAAAAUGGUUCGGGAGAUGUAUAACAUAAGCGGAUUGCAGAAACUUUGUGACACAUUGAUAGAGCAUCCCUCCUGGUCUUUGGCUCACAUUAUAGCGCAUUUUAAUCUGGUUGAUUAUGUAGGUAAUCCCAAGAUUGUAGAAUCUCUAGACGAUCCCGAUCACGCUGAUCUCUUGACACCGAUACAGGUUGCCACUAAAGCAAACAAUAUUGAAAUGGUUAAAGCUCUUCUCCCCGUUAGUAAAAUAGACAAUCUGGAUAACAACAGUAAUUCGGUUUUCCACUUUGCUGCCAGCACCACCAAAGAAAUGAUCAACCUUUUAUCUGCGAAAAGCACAAACAAUCUGAAUCAUUGCAACGCAGAUGGCUACACCCCAUUGCAUUUGGCUUGUUUAGCUGAUAAACCAGACUGUGUCAAGGCGUUGCUCCUGGCAGGAGCAGAUACAAAUAAAAUGGCACGAUGUUCAAGUAACACCUCCAACAAGACGACUGCAUCAACACCUUACUUCCCAGGUAAUGUAGCGGAUUUUCUAGUGAGCAACCCGAAUAAACUGUUCACGCAGGACAUGAAGCACGGUGGUACACCGCUGCAUUGGAGUUCCAGCCGAGAGGUUCUGAAUUCGUUAAUCGAACGAGGAUGCGAUGUCAAUCUCAUCAAUUUCAAUGGUCAAACACCACUCCAUGUAAUGGUGACCCGCGAUCGGUUGGAAUGCGUGGUGGCUCUGUUGGCUCAUGAAGCCGAAAUCGACGUGGUGGACCACAAUGGAAACACUCCACUGCACAUCGCGGUCGAAAAAAAGCUUCUUCCGAUUGUCCAGUGUUUGGCUGUGUUCGGAGCCGACGUGAACAAGACCAAUAAGGAGGGUAAAUCUCCUCGCCAUAUGGUGGGCAAGGACGAUUCUGGCUCCAAGGAUGCGAUGAUCCUGUACAUUUUGCAUUCGAUCGGAGCGAAACGUUGUCCAGAGACCGGUGGUAGCAAAUGUUCUCCGGGAUGUAUCAGUAAAGGUUCCUACAAUGGAAUUCCACCGGCUCAACCGGAAACUACGGAACAGAGGGAGCACAUACAGCAAAUGCUUGCCAGUGCCACUCGUAGCGGACGAAACAGCAUACCAAGUCUUAUAUCCAAUACCAUCAAGACAGUACGGGAAGAGAGAGAAGCGAAAGAGGAAUUGAAAACUGUAGAUGUAACGCAAGAACGGAAAGGAGCUAGUGUGAUGGAUGCGCUGUUGUCCAUGUUUACCAACAAAGUUCAAGCGGCCUCCAAGCCGACGUCUCCAAGUUCAUCGAAAUCUUCACCCACGGAUAAAAAUGUAAUCGACAUUGGUGAUGAACCGAUGCUUAUCGAUGAGGUAUCCGCUAGCUCUUCAGCCACCCCAACAUGUAACACUGGAGAACACCGCGGUCGCGGCCGUCUUCUCUGUUUGGAUGGUGGUGGGAUUCGCGGCUUAGUGCUAGCUCAAAUGCUGCUAGAAAUCGAAAAACUCGCACAAACUCCAAUUUCGCAUCUCUUCGAUUGGAUUGCCGGAACAAGUACCGGUGGAAUUCUAGCGCUCGGGCUUGGCUGUGGAAAAACAAUGAAGCAGUGUAUGUGUCUGUACCUACGUAUGAAAGACCAAGCCUUUAUCGGUUCACGGCCCUACCCCAGUGAUCAGCUGGAAUUCGUACUCAAAGAGCAACUCGGUGAAUUCACUGUCAUGUCCGAUAUCAAACAUCCCAAGCUGAUGGUUACCGGAGUGAUGGCUGACCGAAAACCAGUCGAUCUGCAUCUGUUUCGUAAUUACAAAUGCGCUAGUGACAUAUUGGGAAUUGCAACUCCUUCGAAUAGCCGAAGGCAACCUCCGCCACCACCAGAAGAACAAUUAGUGUGGAGAGCCGCCAGAGCAACGGGUGCUGCCCCAUCAUAUUUCCGAGCAUUUGGUCGGUUCCUGGAUGGGGGACUGAUAGCUAAUAAUCCGACACUGGAUGCAUUAACCGAAAUACACGAAUUUAAUAUGGCACUAAGAAGUAUUGGACGUGAAGCUGAAGCCGUCCCGGUUUCGAUUGUAGUUUCACUUGGUACUGGGCUUAUUCCCGUUACUGAGUUGAAGGAAAUAGAUGUUUUCAGACCGGACAGUAUAUGGGACACGGCGAAGCUAGCCUAUGGCAUAUCUGCCAUUGGAAAUCUGCUAGUUGAUCAAGCCACAGCGUCGGACGGCCGGGUGGUGGAUCGGGCUCGUGCAUGGUGUAGCAUGAUUGGAGUUCCAUACUACCGAUUCAAUCCCCAGAUGUCGGUGGACAUUGCGAUGGAUGAAAAAAUUGACGAACCUCUCAUCAACAUGCUAUGGGAAGUGAAGGCCUACAUGUACGCCAACCGGAAAAAAGUAAUUGAGAUGAUCAACCAUCUCAAAUAAGUCAACACAGUAACCUAAAUGUGAUCAACCUCACACCUGGGGUGUGGAAGUCGAUGUUCAUACAGACAAUACAAAUUCGAAACUAAAUAAAUUUGGAUAAAAAAAAACAAAUCAACAAAACCCAAGAACCAUUUUUUACUAUACAGAUAUAGAUCGAAUCGGGUUCGACUUGACUUAUCUUUCCAGAAAAUCAACAGAACAUAGUAUUUCGACUAGAAAUAGUUAUAAAGUACAACGAUAAUCAUAAUCAUCCGAAAUUACGGCUUCACUUUUAUAAAGAAUUGAAAAAGAUGUACUUUGCCGUUGAAAAUGUGUAUUGUAAUUAUAACAAAAAAUGUGUUUGUGGUGUACCAAAAAUAGUAAGGGAUUUCUGUAAUUCGUGAAAUUGACAAAAAAAAUACUUCCCUGUUUAAUGUGAUUAGAUAAUUUGCCGAAUAUUGUUUUUUUUGUCACUGGUUAUACCAAGUUUGUACAGAACCUAUUAAUUUCAAAACAAAAACAACACUCUCGGGAGAAAAUGCUACUAAGAAGCUUAAAAAGACGAAACUUAUACCACCAAAAACAAAUUAUUAAUUUAUUCAAUGUAAUAUAUCGAUCAUCGACUAGUGCGCAACCAUGUAUACAAAUGUUGCAUAAAUAUCCAAAUCAAAAUCAGUCUUUUCAAAUGUUUUCGAAGAAAUGUUCACAUCCCUCACUGUUCUUUCGUUUGACAUGGUGGAAAGUUGCGUUGCCUUCCACAGAUCAAGGUGCAGUGUAUGCAACAUCAGAACUGUUAUUUUUUAUUGUUCUUCCUUUUCAGUUUUCCAUUAGAUUAUUUAUAAAUUAGGACCAACAAUUUCAUAGAGUAUAGGUUGUCCGUCACUGUGGGUCAUGUUUGGCCAAAUCAAAGGACUGUGUUAUCAUUCUUGGUUGUACUGGAAUCUUCUAUCCAUUUCACUACCUCUUCGACUAUUUUAUAAUGACAAAUAACAAAGCCUGAUGAGAGAAGCUUUUCGAGCAUUGCUCAUUACGUUCCAUAAAAUGGUUCAAAAUUCCAUUAGUAAUAUAUGAUGAUCAAACUCGCGAAUCCUUCCCAAACAAUUACUUUGAAUAUAACUGGAGGAAAAUUCUUUUGUUAUUAAACAACAAGUGAAUUAUUAAAGAACAGGAAAGUUCUCUUAUUAACAUCUCUCUCAAAUGACGAAUUAUUUUAUAAAAAAAACACCGUCAACUGUAUUUGCCCUUGAUCGAGAGAACCGACAUUCAAUCUUUCUUUAAAAAGUUGUGUAAAGCAUAGAAGUAAAAAUUCGGUAAAACUAUCCUUGUAUGCCAAUUUCAAACGCAAGUACCCAUAAGCGAUUGUUGGGUUGUUCGAAGUGUUUUUAAAGGAGAAUUGCUUAUUGAUCAGUAUUCAAACCGACUGUUGAAUUUCUCGCGCACAUUGAAAACUUCACAUGAAUGUCUGUUCUCUGUAGUUCAAAUACCAUGAGAUUUGUUUUACAAUUAUUACUCUUUUAGCAAUGUCAGCUCGUAGCUGACAGACUGCGUUCAACAUUUUGUUUGUUUUAAUCAAUAACUCAAUCUCAAAAUAUCGCAGUUCCAGGAAAUGAUUGUGGAACAAGUCUCUGAUAUCUCGUUGCUAAAAUAAAUGGUGUUUCCUUCUACUUGAUGUACAUUUACAAGUAAAUGAAACAAACUCAGAUUAUACUGUAUUGUCAUUGAAAAAAAAAAUUAAAAUGGGUUAUUUGAAUGAUGUUGUAAAAUGUUUUA